AUGUGGCAUUGCUGUAGGGGCGUCCAAGUUUCCGGCUGCAAUGGCCAGUUGGCCCUAUCCAUCUGGCCUCGGCCCCACUUUCGUGCAUUCCUAGAGACCGUCCGGCGACUUUUCCGCCUCACCUUAUGGAGCAGUUGUGACCGUACGUGGACUGAGGCGGCGUUGCUAGCGCUGGAUCCCUGCCAGCAGCUGCUGCCGCGAAGACUGCUCUCCCCCGGGACUCAUCCGGAGGGCGCCUUGGCGGCGGCCCUAAGUGGCGGCGGCGAUGGGGCCAUAAACCAGCUGGCCAGCGUGAUCAUCAUUUGCCAGGAUCGCCGCAGCUUUGACGCCUUGUCGGGGAACGCCAUUGAAGUGGAGCCAUACACCGCAUCGUACGGCAGGCAUUACGAUGAUGUACUGCUCCGGGUUGCUGCUCUCCUCGUACGGCAUCUGGCGGACGACGGCCCGGCGCCCUCUUCGUCGACGCCGCGAUCAUGCACUCCUUCCGUACCGGAGGAGCUCAGGAGGCUCGGUCUACAUGCCGUACGAAUGAGUUCGUGCUUAUACUCCAACAUGAUGCCUACCGUGGCUGUGAAUGUACGGCACAUGUUUUUUCCGGCGGUCGAGGCCGCCCCCCUGGAGCUCCCGGAAGACUGCGGACGGGGCGGCUGUGUCCCGGCCCAGCAGCAGCAGCACCAGCAGCACCAGCAGCAUUACCAUCCUGACCACUAUCGUCAGCAGCAGCAGCAGCAACAGGAGGAGGAGGAAGAACCGGAUCACAUGGACUGUUUCCAGCACCUGCAGUUCCUGGAUCUGGAUCUGGAUCUGGGGCAACUCCCGAGUAACGAAUGCAGCUGCUGUAGCAGCAAUGGAGGGGAGGGAGGCGCUGAGCCGCACGCUUCCUCGGGCUCCGAAACGCGCAUAGGACAUUACAACUUGUCAACAGCCCCAACGGCGGCUCAACAGCAGCAGCAGCUGGUUCCGAAGCUGACUCUGGUCGGGUGUUCACAGGCCCCCCAGGACGGGGCGGGGGGGAGCUACCUACUUAGCGACGACAUUAGCAUUGCGAGCCCUCCCCCAACGCUGGGUUCCUCCUCCUCCUCGUCCUCCCUGGGGUUGAGCUGCGGCUCCGGAGACGUCAUGUACGGCACGAGUCAUCUAACCAGCACCACCGCGAUUAGUAUUCCCAACAUUGAAGGCCUGCCGAAAAUCCUUGCAAUAACAGCAACAACAGCAACGACAGCAGUAGCAUCAACAGCAGGACCUACCUGCGGCGCAGGCUAUAGCGCUGAAGCCGCUACUGCUGCUGCCUCCGCAUUGGCGACGCCCGCCCCGCUGUCACCUGGCUCCCCCUCGCCUCCUUCUCCCCAUCCCCUGACUGCUUCCGACCGGCCGUUGGAGGCGGUGUGUCCCCCCUCCUCACCCUGCCAGGUCCAUCAUUCCGCCCGAGGUGUGAUGGUGGGUCCAUCUGGAGGUCAGAUCCCGGUCUAUCAGCGGCGCGGGGACCUCCAACUGGGCGGAAACACGGGCCGGACUGGGCAACCUUGGGGGGCUGAUGGUGGGUCCAACUGGUGGCCUUUUCAGUGCAAGGUGCUGAAGGGCGCCACAUCCACUUCCACAGCGGUGUCUGGGGGCGUUGAACCGCGUGCGAUAUCCUUAGUAGCAGCAGCAGCAGCAGCACUCCAACCACCGCUGCCACCCGAGCAGCAGCAGGCGCGUGACGGUCCCGUGAAGGGCGCUAGCACACCGGCCAGCCUGAAGAGGAUCACCAGGCGCCUGCUGCGGCCCCUCAUUCAAGUACAUCACUCGUUUCGACGGACGCGACGAGGGAAACAGGUCCCGGAGUGCUCGUCCAACGGUGCCGGGGCUGCGGCUGCUGUUUCCGCCAGUGAGAGGGAGCCGCCCCAAUUUGAAUCCCCUGUUGCUGAUGCUGGUCCACCAGCCCGCUGCCCCUCAUCGCCCGCUAGUGCGAGUGCCUGCACCAGCAGAAACGGCAUUAGCCCCAGCAGCCCCAGCACCAGCAGCGGCAGCUCGGGCGCUGUGCCGCCAUGCAGCUGCAGCAGCGUGGAUGCGCCCUUCACCUCGCGCACCCAGUGCCGCAUUGCAGUGCUGUGCUGCUCGCCAAGUGAGGGACUCGUCAGCCGGCUGGCAGUAGGCGCAGUAGCAGGCGCUGAGGCCGAUAUCGAUGCAGCCAGCGCUGCUGCGGGCGCUGCCAUUGCAACCACCGCCACCGACGGCGCUGGCGCUGCAGGCGACGGCCUGCCCUCCAUGCCUCACACCCCCCGAGGGCGAACGAUGUCACGUCCCCUAUCAUAA